GAGGCCCGGGGGCGGGGUAGAGGACAGGGAUGGAGUCUGGCCCCGAGAUUGGAAGGGGGAUGGGCAGCGCUGGAGAAUAACGCCCAGGAGCGAGGGCAGCUCAGCCCCAGACUCCCUGGAAACCCAACAGUCUGGAAAAGCUGGGUGUGGAUUCGCCCCUCUUUGAAGAGUUUUCAGGAAGUUUGGGGGAGGGGCGAGACGCGGUCACCAGUCCUACCGGUGUCGGGCGCUGAGGGUGAGAAGGGACGCAGCAGCAGCAGGUCUCAGUGCUUGUCACCUUCCUGCCCACCGGUGGGCUCCGGGCGCGCCCGGCGGGGUCCUGGGGGCGCAGGCAAGGAGCCGCAGGCAUAGUGCGCGGGCCAGCAUGGAGGGACUGGUCUUCUUCAACGCUCUGGCCACCCGGCUGCUGUUCCUGCUGCACUCGCUGGUCGGGGUCUGGCGAGUGACCGAGGUGAAGAAGGAGCCGCGGUACUGGCUGCUCGCGCUGCUCAACCUCUUGCUCUUCCUGGAGACUGCGCUCACGCUCAAGUUCAAGCGCGGCAGAGGCUACAAAUGGUUUUCACCAGCCAUAUUUUUAUAUCUGAUUAGCAUCGUUCCAUCAUUAUGGCUUCUUGAACUGCACCAUGAGACCCAGUAUUGCAGCUUCCAGGUUGAAGGAACAUCACAGAAUACCAGCAGAAAAGAAGCCUUGAAUCAAACACUGACAUCCAGUGAACAAACCAACAGAGCUGAUGAUCUCAUUGAGACGGCCAAAGUUUUUGUGAAUAACUUAUCUACAGUAUGUGAGAAAGUUUGGACAUUGGGACUCCAUCAGACAUUCCUGUUAAUGCUAAUAAUUGGAAGAUGGCUUCUACCCAUUGGAGGUGGGAUCACUCGAGAUCAACUCUCUCAACUUCUUCUUAUGUUUGUGGGGACAGCCGCUGACAUACUGGAAUUCACAAGUGAGACCCUGGAAGAACAAAAUGUGAGGAAUAGCCCUGCACUAGUCUAUGCCAUCCUUGUUAUAUGGACUUGGAGCAUGCUGCAGUUUCCACUUGACCUGGCAGUACAGAAUGUCGUGUGCCCCUUGUCUGUGACAGAGAGGGGAUUUCCCAGCCUCUUCUUUUGCCAGUACAGUGCGGAUCUGUGGAACAUCGGAAUCAGCGUCUUCAUACAAGAUGGGCCCUUCCUUGUCGUGCGUCUCAUACUGAUGACGUAUUUCAGAGUCAUCAAUCAGAUGCUGGUGUUCUUUGCCGCGAAGAACUUCCUCGUGGUGGUGUUGCAGCUCUACCGCUUGGUGGUGCUGGCAUUGGCAGUCCGUGCUUCGUUGAGAAGCCAGUCAGAAGCCCCAAAAGGAGAACACCGUUGCGGGGGACAGACCUCUGAGAGUGGGCCCUCUCUGCGGGACUGGCAGAGCGAGUCUAAGGAAGGCCUGGCUAUUCCUUUGAGGGGCUCCCCAGUCACCUCCGAGGACUCCCACCUCACCCCAUAGUUAUUGACUGACAGCGGUCUUCGGCUAGAACCUGACUCUCUGGUUCUUCUUAUAGGGAGGAUCCUUUUUCUCCCCCAACCUUGGCAUAUAAUAAUUUUCAAAAGAGCAUAAAAAGGUGAUCUUAAACCAAAGCCGAGGAAUUUUCUUUUUUCAACGGAAUGGAAGAAACUUUGAUUAGUGACUAUUGCUACAACUUCUGUGUGAUGGUAUCAGAUGUUACAGUUGCUCAACGACUAAGUGAUUUGUUUGUCUUGAACUGUUUGAAAAGCUAUGGAAGGGGUUACAGUGACAUGCCCUCGAAAGAUUUAGUGCAGACAAACUGUCGCGGCUGUUACCUGAAAAUAGAGAAGCUUUGAACUUUGGCUCCAUUGUCAGACUAUUUUGUGUGAUCUUUUCUGCAAUGUCCCUCUGACAUCAAAAAAUGUACAUUCAGUGAAUGCAGAACAAAUGAAGGGAAAAGGGCCUUUAAAAUUACCUCACUGUGGGCUGGAAGCAGCGAAAAUCUCUGCCCAGCUUCCGUAUCAUAGAGAGCCCUAUUCAUCGCUGCACAGGCCUUCCCAGGAAAAUCAUUUUUCUGGGCUGAUGUAUUCUGCCAUGGCGCAUAUGCUCUUACAGAAAUUUUAUUGCUUUUGGCUUGGAUGCUACACAAUUCACAGCAAGCCAUUUUGGUUACGCAUCUGUUAGUUGCGAGGCAGGAAAUACUGGUGAAAUGCUAGCAAAGUCACAAUUUCUACUCUGAACAUGAUUUGCAGUGCUCGUCAGUAUUUUUCUGAACCCUACUUCACCAUUUUCUAUAUUGCCGAGUCGAAUCAUGUGGGCUGAGGCAGAGAAGCUCUGAAGCAAUGAAUAAAGGUGUUUCGGGCCCUGUAAGUGUUACCAUGGUUUCUGGUGUCUGCCACAGAAGCGAACAAAGCUGCAGCUUCUCUGAACCGCCACUACUGGGGGCGGCCUUUGGUCUCAGGGAACAUGGUGAUGGAGGAUUGCAUCAGCCCCACCCACGGCCAACAGCUCUUGUUGAGUCACGGGAGUCGGAAUGUGCUACCCCGUGGUGGAAAUCAGGCAAUUCGCUUUAUUUUCUUGCAUUAAGACUUCAUUUUCCUAGUAUUGAAAUAGCCAUCCUUUUCCUUUACAUACCUCUAUACUUUCCAGAUGGAGGUGAUUCAGAACCUUUUAAAGUGAUUUUUGCUUUUAAAGAUACAGUGUGAAAAUUUGCUCGGGUGUAUCGCAGUAAUUACAUGAGGCGCGCAGUUCCAGAACUGUUGUUUUGGGUUCAAAACCUAAUUACCCCAAAUUAGUAUACUCGAGAAUUCAAAGGGACAUUUAAGUAGGGUAUGCUCUUCAUUUCUUAUGACCUAUUGACAGCCAGUUGGGACAAUUUUAUCUGUAAAUCUCUGGGUGACAUGAUACCUAUUUGAAAUAUUUUAUAGAAACUUUUGUCAACAGAUUUUGUUUUUAUACAGAGUCAUGCAUAUUUUUUCAUAAAUGGCUUCUUCAGCGCCAUUGUUAUGUUUUUAUUUCUUCCUUGUGCUUCUAAUUUUAACAAUAUAAUGACUGUAAAAUGACACAUGGAACUAAUGGAAUACAUUUAUAAUUUUCCAUAAUAAUUUCAUGAAAGUUAAGAUCAAGAAAUGAUAUUUAUAUGAAAUAGAGCACUUGACAACUUUUAAGGGCAUGUUAUUUAAAGUGCUCAGCAGUUGAAAGCAAAAUAAUAACUGCUAUUUAUAAAAAUGCCUCAGCAGAAUCUGUUUUUAUGUUGACUGCUUUAUGUUGAAUAUUUUCUUCCACAACAUGUAUGUGCUGCUUAUUAUUGCAGAUUUGCUCAUGGCAUACUUUUCAUGUUUUAAUUUUUUUCUUCCAGCAAAACAAACACUGAGGCCCUAAAAAUAGAUAAAGUAUAAAGUAGUACGGCUGUUGCAAGGAUAUUUUUAAAUGCUUUCAAAUCUGAGACUUGGCUUGGGUUCGUGAAUGAGUUUCUAGUGUUUAAAUUAAAGUAUUUUGUAAUUAGCACUCUUCUGCUGGCCUGAGAAAUAAAAAGUCUGUCUAAAGUCUAGCUUUAUUUAGAGGGUCAGGAAGUCAAAGAGCAUCCAGGACCAUCUUGGCAAUUAAUAGUGGCAAAAAUAGACACAGGCUCUGCAAGGUUUUCCAGGAAAAUCUGCUUAGGGCAGCAUUUGUUAACCUAGCUGCCAGUACUCCCACCCGCUUAGACUGGCUGCCUUUACAGUAGGAAAAAAAACCAAUCUGCAUUCCUUUAGUUUAUUCGGGAAAAAAACCCUAAACCUAAAUUAUAUGAUAGCCAGUCCUAAGACUCCUGAUGAAAUAGUACAGAUUUAUUCAGUUAAUUGCCUGUUUUUAGUGUGGAAUGCUAAAUAAUGUAAUGUUUCAAAACAUCUAAGUGUUUGUUAUAAGGUGGCUGGAACAUCAAUUACCUCCCAUGUGUUGACAUCCUGGGACUUGUUUACAUUUACAUUUUAUUUGUAAUAAGAUAACUUGCUUACAUCACCUGUAUCAUGUGAUGCAAGCCAUCCCGUCUAUCAUAACCCCUCACCCAGACACACAACAGAUUAAUCCCCAACCCCUGAGGAAAAUGGCUUAUUUGUAGCUGUUGGUGCUGUUGCUAUUAUUACCUUUGUUGAUAUUUAAUUGCUUGAUUAAAGCUCACUCAAAUAUCCUUCCUAAAAACAUAUCAUUCUACUUGUAAAAGAAAACGCAAUGUGCAUGUUUCAAUGAUACUGCGUGAAAACGCACCUCAUGAUCAUCUUGUGCGUUUCCUUUGCCCUUACUGGAUGACUCUCAAAGGACAUGACUUGACAUAGUAAUAUUAGUAAACUGUCUUUAUCUUUGAUUAUUCUUUUAAUUUUUAUUUAAGCUGUAUCAAUAGCAUAAUAAAAUAAAAUUUUGAAUUGGCCAGUAACAUUCUUUAUAAUGUUCCAGUGGAGAGUCUGAUAUAAAUUUACUCUUGGCUCCAUUUUAGUUCCACUAACAAAUAGCACUUCAGGCCUUACAGAACCAUAUAGAUAUGACCAAGGAAUAUCAGGAUUCACUAUUAUAAUACUAAUUGUCAACUAUUUAAUUGAAACUUUUCAAAGCCCUGGAGAGCCAUGCAUUUGCAGGGGCACAUGCCUUAAGAUUUCUAUCCAGGUUUCGGAGUUGAAUGUAAUAAUCUGUUUGACAUUUAAUUCUUGAUAAUUCUUAACCAGCUUUUCCUGUUAAAAGAGCGAAAGAAUUGCAGAUGCCAGGUCUCUGUCCACUUUAGCCCUCCUCCGAUGCCAAGGAAGAGGGAUGGUAACAUAUACUACAGAGACUCAGAGACGCAAAUGAAAAACCAAACAGUCUUGAAUUACAAGAAGAAAAGAGGAUUGUUAUUUUUUUUUUUUAAUUUCAGAAUUUGCUUUUUACUCAGUGGACAUUCUGAUUUGCUCUCAGAAACAUCUGAUUUGGGGUUAAACUAGGCAGCUGGAGGAUGUUUACAGCUUUGAGGCUUCGAAUAACUUUCCAUAUGCAGGGAGUAACUUUACACAAUGUUUGAAUAAUUAACUGCUACGGUCUUAUAUUUUAUGAGUAUCCAUUCCAUCCUCUGAAUCUUUCUUACUAGAAUACCAUAUAAGAAUAUUUUCUCUGGAGUAUUUAUAUUUAUACUAUUUUGCUAUUAGUGGCCUUUGUAUUUUAUUAUAUGCAUUAAAUAGUGUGUGCACAACUUUAA